CGUCGCAAGCGUCGACAGGCACAGACGGCAAGGACAGCUUCCGCGAGGAGUCUCCCGACUUCCCGCGCCCCCUCGUGUCGUCCCCCUAACCCCGCGAAAAGCACCCGCGCGCCCCCGCGAACGCACCGUCCGUCGCGAGAUAACGAUGUCAGCAGCCGUGCGAAACCUCGCGAGCCUCGCGGCCCCCGCGCGCGCGACGACCGCGCCCCGCCGCGCCCCUCGCGUCGUGGCAUCCGCCGCCCCCGCGGAGAAGAACGACGUCGCCCCGCGCAGGGCUUUCCUUUUCGGCGCCCUCGCGGCAAUUCCCGCGUCCACCGCGGCAAUCCCCGCGUACGCCGCCUCCCUCGAGGAGAAGGAGAAGGAGAAGGAGGCGCGGAAGGCUGCGCUCAGAGCCGCCGCGGCGCAAUCCGCGCAGACAGGCCGCGGCGCUGCGGCGUUUGCGGAUAGCGAGUACCAGCUGUCGGAAGAGUCCAAGACGCCCAACUUUCACACCAGGCAGGAGGAGGGUCUUCGGUCCUCGGGGGGUGCGUGAGACGUGGGUGAGUGACGCGCGACGGGGGAUGGCGCCGGGAUAUAUAUAGCGAGAAGAGUAAGACACGCUCGCGUGAGCGCUUGUAUGUGGUAUCCAUGAUGAAUUUUU